ACAAAAAGCCGCCCCGCAGCAACCCUAGCGUUUGCCACUCCCGUGUCCCCCCAAACCCUACGCCGCGCCGCGCCGCCCCGCCGCCCAGCUCGCGAGCAGCCAUGGCUGUCGGUAAGAACAAGCGCAUCUCCAAGAGCAAGAAGGGCGGCAAGAAGAAGACCGUCGAUCCUUUCGCCAAGAAGGACUGGUAUGACAUCAAGGCCCCGUCGGUGUUCAGCGUGCGGAAUGUCGGCAAGACUUUGGUGUCCAGGACCCAGGGUACCAAGAUUGCCUCUGAAGGACUAAAGCACAGAGUCUUUGAGGUCUCCUUGGCUGAUCUCCAGAGCGAUGAGGAUCAGGCGUACAGGAAGAUUAGACUUCGUGCAGAAGAUGUGCAAGGAAAGAACGUGCUCACAAACUUUUGGGGCAUGGAUUUUACCACUGACAAGCUGAGGUCACUGGUGAAGAAGUGGCAGACCCUCAUUGAGGCUCAUGUUGAUGUCAAGACAACGGACAACUACAUGCUCAGGCUUUUCUGCAUUGGUUUCACCAAAAGACGCCCCAAUCAAGUAAAGCGCACUUGCUAUGCGCAGGCGAGCCAGAUCCGUCAGAUCCGGCGUAAGAUGGUGGAGAUCAUGACAAACCAAGCCUCAACAUGUGACCUGAAAGAGCUUGUAUCCAAGUUCAUCCCUGAAGUCAUUGGCAAGGAGGUCGAGAAGGCUACAUCAAGCAUCUUCCCCCUCCAGAACGUCUUUAUCCGGAAGGUGAAGAUCCUGAAAGCGCCAAAGUUCGACCUGGGAAAGCUCAUGGAAGUACAUGGCGACUAUAAGGAAGAUGUUGGUACCAAGGUGGAGAGGCCUGCCGAAGCUGAUGAAGCCAUGGGAGGACAGGAGGUUGCUGCUGCAGAGUGAUAAUGCUGUUGGGUUACUUUGCUGUCGUUUAUGUUUAGGGAUAUAUGUAUUAGCACUUUCUUAAGUUGGUGAGAUGAACUUCCCAGUCAAUGUUUGAUACCUGCUUGGCGCCACACUUUUGUCGAGACCUGUUCCGUGGCUGCAUGAUUUCGUAUGAAAACUUGAAGAAUAUCUGCUGGGUUUUCCGCUAGUAUAAUUCAGAUGGAAUGGAAAGGGCAAGUCUUAAAGUCUUGCGUGUUAAUUGGAAUUGCAGCAA